GACAGGGCACAGCCUCUGUGGCUCCUGCCCACCUGACUGGCCUCUCUGUUCUGUGGGAAGCAGCUGGACUUUCCUUGGAUGAAAGUUUGUUAGAGCCAUGUCUGCUACGUACUUUUGAGCCCCGAGGCGUGAGGAUGGCCAACCCUAAAGCCACUGGGCUGUCCUGGGAGAUCACUUGGUUUGCUUUUGCUCUCUAUGCUCACCUGCAGACCAGAGCAGAGCAGUCCCAAGGUGCAUACUUCUUGCCUGAGUUUGCACUUUCUCCACAGGGGAGUUUUCUUGAGGACACCACGGGGGAGCAGUUCCUCACUUACCGUUACGAUGACCAGAACUCCAGAACAACCCGCUCAGAUGAAGACAAGGAUGAUUCCUGGGAUGCCUGGGGGGCCUGGAGUGAUUGCUCACGGACCUGUGGAGGGGGAGCCUCCUACUCUCUGAGGAGAUGCUUAAAUGGCAGGAACUGUGAAGGUCGGAAUAUUCGAUACAAAACCUGCAGUAGUAAUGACUGCCCUUCAGAUGUUGGUGACUUCAGAGCACAGCAGUGCUCUGCCUACAACGAUGUCAAAUACCAGGGACACUUUUACGAGUGGGUCCCUGUGUAUAAUGAUCCUACUGCACCUUGUGCCCUGAAAUGUCAGGCUCUGGGAAAGAACUUGGUUGUGGAGCUUGCCCCAAAAGUGCUGGAUGGUACUCGCUGCAACACUGAAUCCCUGGAUAUGUGCAUCAGUGGAAUUUGCCAGGCAGUGGGCUGCGAUCGACAACUCGGGAGCAAUGCCAAGGAAGACAACUGUGGAAUCUGUGCAGGAGAUGGCUCGACCUGCAGGCUUGUGAGGGGACAAGCUAAGGCACAUGUCUCACCAGAAAAAAGAGAAGAAACUGUGAUUGCUGUACCACAUGGGAGUCGCAGUGUGAGAAUUACCCUGAAAGGACCAGCACACCUUGUUAUAGAGUCAAAAACACUACAAGGUGAAAAGGGAGAGCACAGUUUCAAUGCUCCUGGAAUAUUUGUCAUUGAAAAUACAACUGUUGAAUUUCAAAAGAGCACAGACAGGGAAAUCAUGAAGAUCCAGGGACCUCUUGGAGCAGAUUUCAUUAUCAAGACCAGGUACUCUGGAUCAAAAGAGAGUGUGGUUCAGUUCUUCUUCUAUCAACCCAUCAGUCAUCAGUGGAGACAAACAGAAUUCUUCCCCUGCACAGUGACGUGUGGAGGAGGUUAUCAGCUCAAUUCAGCUGAGUGUGUGGACAUUCGUCUGAAGCGUGUUGUUCCUGACCACUACUGUCAUUAUCAUCCAGAAAACAAGAAACCAAAGCCCAAGCUGAAAGAAUGCAACAUGGAUCCCUGCCCUUCCAGUGAUGGAUUUAAAGAAAUCAUGCCCUAUGAUCACUUCCAGCCACUUCCUCGGUGGGAACAUAACCCGUGGACUGCAUGUUCAGUUUCCUGUGGAGGUGGUAUUCAGAGGAGAAGUUUUGUGUGUGUAGAGGAGACCAUCCAUGGAGAGAUAUUGCAAGUGGAGGAAUGGAAAUGCAUGUAUGCACCAAAGCCCAAAGUCAUUCAGACCUGCAAUCUGUUUGAUUGUCCAAAAUGGGUGGCAAUGGAGUGGUCUCAAUGCACGGUGACCUGCGGCCGGGGGCUGCGCUACCGCGUCGUGCUCUGCAUCGACCACCGCGGGCAGCACGUCGGGGGCUGCAACCCGCAGCUCAAACUGCACAUCAAGGAGGAGUGCAUCGUGCCAAUACCCUGCUACAAGCCAAAAGAAAAAAGUCCUGUAGAAGCAAAAUUGCCAUGGUUUAAACAGGCCCAUGAAAUGGAAGAGACCAUCACAGUCUCAGAAGAGCCAACGUUUAUUCCUGAGCCCUGGUCUCCAUGCAGUGCCACGUGUGGCAGUGGCGUCCAGGUGCGAGACGUGAAGUGCCGGAUCCUUCUCGCCUUUACUCAGACCGAGGUUGAGCUGCCUGAGGAGGAAUGUGAGCAUGAGAGGCCACCAACAGAACGAGUCUGUCACCAGGCAUCCUGUGACAGUGAUCCUGUCCCCUACACACCAGAAUUUCCUCGUGCUGAAGAUGGCAGUGUGAUUUAUGACUGGGAAUAUAUUGGGUUCACUCCAUGUUCAGCCACAUGUCUUGGAGGCACACAGGAAGCCAUUGCCAUGUGUCUGCACGUGGACACAAAGCAAGGUGUCAGUGAAACCCUGUGUGACAAUUCCAAGAGGCCACCCCCGAUGACUCGGACCUGCAACACGAAGCUCUGCCCGCCGAGGUGGCAGAGCGGUCCCUGGAGCCGCUGCUCGGCCAGCUGCGGGGUGGGCAUCCAGAGCCGCGCCGUGUCCUGCCGGCAGCCCGGGCGCGCCGCUGCCCGGUGCGCGGAGCCAAGGCCUCAUUCCCUGCAGGCCUGCAACCAGAUCGACUGUCCCCCUGCCUGGACCGCUGAGGAGUGGCAGCAGUGUUCACGUACCUGUGGAGGAGGGAUUCAGACCCGCAGAGUGUCCUGUAAGCAGCUGCUGACAGAUGGAAGUUUCCUGAAACACCCUGAUGACACCUGCCAGGAGCCCAAAUUGCCAACUAGUAAAGCAUGUGCAAAAGUUGAUUGUCCUCCUCAGCUGGUCUUUGGAGAAUGGUCCAAGUGCUCAGUGAGCUGUGGUGUUGGAAUCCAGAGAAGGAAACUUGCCUGCCAAAACCUAACAGCAAAGGGCCAAUAUGUCCCAUUAAAUGGAUCGAUGUGUAGUGCUCUGUCUCCUUCACUGCUUGUAAGGUCUUGUCAGAUGAGUGCCUGCAACAAGAUCAAACCCAAGCUUCCAGGGAAGUUUUCUGCCCAUGGACCUCAGAUUGUCAGCAUUCACCGAGUCUAUAUUCAGACACGGCCGGAGAAGCGCAUUAAUUUUACCAUAGGAAGCCGAGCCUACUUACUCCCAAAAACAUCUGUGGUAAUUAAGUGCCCCGUGCGAAGGUUCCAGAAGUCCCUUAUCCGCUGGGAGAAAGAUGGACAGCACUUAGAGAACUCCAAAAGGCUUGGCAUCACUAAGUCAGGCUCGCUGAAAAUCCACUGUCUGGAGGCCGGGGAUAUUGGUGUGUACCGGUGCAUCGCAGGCUCUGUGCACGAAACCUUUGUGCUCAAACUCAUCGGGACUGACAACAGGCUCAUCGAGCCCCCGCCCCCCCGAAAGCAGCCCAGCGAGCCCAGCGACCCCGAUCACAACGAGGCCAACAGCCUCGGGGCCAAAUGGCACAAGAUGAGCAAAAUGUGGCAAAUGUGGAGCAAGAAGAACGAGCUCUUCCUGGGUGACAGGCAAGUCAAUGAUCAGCCAUUCCUGCGGAGCCGUGGCAGCUUUGCAGGUAAUUCAGCAGAAGACUUCAGCUCUCGAGAGUUCAGGAACAAGCGCCUGGAGGCUGCAGCUCUCCAGGGCGCCUACAGCAUGGACACCGCACAGUUCGAGGAGCUCCUGAGGAACAUGAGCCAGCUCAUCGAGACUGGAGAAGUCAGCGAUGACCUGGCCUCCCAGCUCAUCUACCACUUGAUUGCUGAAUUAUCCAGGCGUCCACAACCAGCUGCUGAAAAAUGGAAGGGGGCCCAAGAUGAGAAAGUUUCCUCCAAACUCACAAGCAAAUCGCCAAACGAAUCCGAACGUUUCAGCUCUAAAACGGUUGAUAAGUUAAUGUUUGACCAGAAGGUUCCAGUUAUUAUCAGGCAAAAGGAAAUUCCUCAAGUUUCCUUUAACAAAACAGUAACUGUACGAAUUGGAAAUACAGUUUUUCUGACCAAGAAUACUCAUGCUGUCAAUCUACUGUGUGAAACAGCUGGUAUGAGUGAAGUGAAACAUACUUGGACAAAAGAUGGCGAGACAUUAAAAGCCUCUGCAAAGGUGAUCCUGGAGACCACUGGAAAAGUGCAGAUUCGGAAUCCUACUCAAAAGGAACUUGGUACCUAUGGAUGCCUGGUUGUUAAUGACUCUGGUUUUGACAUGGAAACAUCACUGCUAUUGCGUGCAGAGGUUCCUGUCAUCUUCUCCUCUGUGUUAAAUAUGACAAAUCUGGAAGCCAGCAGUUUCUCGACAGUUGUUGGAAGUUCAAUCGUGGCAAGAAUUGGAGCAAAUAUUUUGAUUGAAUGUCCAGUGAAAGGCAUUCCCAAACCAAAUGUAACAUGGCUGAAGAAGAAGGAUAUUUUGCAAAUCAAUUCUUCCUUGGUUUUGAAUGGCUCUUUAUUUCUGAGGAAUGUUUCCUAUGGAGAUGCAGGAACAUACACUUGCAGAGCAACUAAUGCUCUUGGAAAAGCUGAGGCUGCAUCUGUUCUCCACAUAACUGAACAAAGACUUACAGAGAAUAACACUCAGUUAUUGAAAGGAAGCAGAAGAAAGCGUGUCCUGAUGGCAUCUGGGACUGGUACAAAUGUCAGCGUGGCACCUGGCGAUCCACUAAGGAUAGGUUGCCCAGUGCUGCCCAGUCACAGGAAUGCAGUCCAGUGGCUCUUUGGAGACAGCCCAGUUGAGGAAGUUCAGACCCUGGAAUACAGAACCCUGGUUGGGGGUCGUAUCCUAGAGGUGAACACCAACUCUGGUCAAUUUGCUGGACAAUUCCAAUGUCGGACUUCAGCUAGUGCAAAACUAAUGUCAGUUUGGGUAAAUGUCAAGAAGGAAGGUUACACCUGGGAAUAUGCAGAGUGGAGUCCUUGCUCUGCCACCUGUGGGCAUUCAGGAACCCGCUCCAGGAGCCUGCAGUGCAUGAACACAGAGAAACAGAAAGUAAAUGAGUCCCAAUGCAGAGAGCUGCAAAAGCCAGGGAUUGUUUACCAGCCCUGCAACAGAGAGGACUGCCCUCCCAGGUGGGUGGCUGGGCCAUGGUCCGAGUGCUCUGCAUCCUGUGGCAGCGGAUUUCGGCACCGACAGCUGUCCUGCCACCAAGCCACAGCCAACGGCAGCACCCUGGCCCUGCUGCCAGGGGCCUGCACAGCCAGGGACCGGCCUGCAGCCAGGACACCCUGCCCGGGGCAGCCCUGUCCCCUGGGGCCAGCACAGUGUUCUGGUCGCUGUGUAGGCCGCCCUGCAGGUUCACAGCACCGUGAGUUUAUAUGUCAGCUCCGGAAUGGAUCUUCCGUGCCAAACUCUUCUUGUGAUGAAAGAAAGAGCCCUCCUGCCAGAAGGAACUGCUCUUCAGAGGGGUGUGAUGUGUACUGGAGGCCAGGCCCCUGGAGGCCCUGCAGUGUGGGCUGUGGCAGUGGCUUCCAGUCCAGACGAGUGUCCUGCGUGCACAGGCAGAGCAGCAAACCCGUGGCUGAGCAGUUCUGCAGAGGGAGGAAGAAACCAGUGACCUGGCAACACUGCAGUGUCACGUCCUGUGGCAAAGGCGAAUGCAAGGAUACAACUCACUACUGUACUUUUGUAAAGCAACUAAAGUUAUGCUUGAUAGACACCUACAAACAAAGAUGUUGUCAAUCAUGUCAAGAAAUAUAAGUCCUCUAUGGCAAGUUCAUGAUGCUGCAGUGAAGAGAUGAGAAGAGAGUUCAUUAAACUGACCUGCUUGAAGUAUAUUCUUGUCAAUGAGACAUUAGUUGUAACAGUUAAAUGGCAACAUGGGGCUAAUGAAAACAGUAUUGUGGAUUGAUGUGCUGGAUAAGGUAUUGUUUCUUGGAGCUUUCAUUUUUCAUUCUUUGCAAUGGAACUUCUAAUGUUUUAAACAUGUCUGGCUUAGCAAGAUAAUAUCAUGGCAUAUCAUCUGUAAAAUUUUUCAGGCUAUCAUUUAUAAUUUUAUCUGUGAAAAAAAACAUUAUCUAAAAGCAGCAAAUACUGGUUACUGUCCUUCACAAAAUGAGGGGGUCACAAAAAUACUUAAAAAAUUUUUG